GAGAGAGAGAGAGAGAGAGAGAGAGAGAGAGAGAGAGAGAGAGAGAGAGAGAGAUGGAGAACAAGAGGGGGAAAUCGAAGGAGGAGAGCGAUGACGAGGAUUGUCCAGAGUUGGUGGAGGAUGACAUUACAGAUGAUGAUUGCCCGGACCUAGUGGUGGUGGAUGAUACGGACGAAGAUUGCCCAGAUUUAGUGGCAGAUGACAUGUCCGAUCUGGAUACCGAUGAUGAUGAUGAUGAUGAUGAUGAUGAUGAUGAUGUGGAUAUCGAAAAGGGUAAACGGAAAAAUAAAAACGACCCUAUGUCUCAAAAGAACUCCCGAAAAAGAGGACUGGAGGGGUUGACGUUUGAUAAAGAAAAUGGGGGCAGGCUAUUUGAAGGAGGUGCCUUGAAGAGAGGGUUUUUGGUUGCGGGCUCCUCCUCCUCCUCCUCCUCCGCCUCAAUGCCAUCCUCCUCAUCAUCGUCACUGCCAUCAUCAUCAUCAUUUCCAUUUCCAUCCUCCUCCUCCUCCUCCUCAUCAGCCUCAUUACCAGCAAUGCCAACGUCUUCGUUCCCCUUUUCGUUUUCAUCCUCGUCUUCGGCGUCUGUAAUUGAAGGUGGGGGGUACACUGGCCCAUAUUAUCGCAGCAGUAGGAGGAAGAGAAUCCCUAGAGGGUGUCCACUGAAGAUCAGACAGAAAGUUGCGGAUGACCAACUUAAGGCAAAGACGAGUUGUAUGUGGAGUGGUGAAUGUGGGAAAGGGGUGGAGGAAGGGGGGGCGGGGGAGGAGGAGGGUUCCGCUGCUGGGGAGAUUAGGAGCAGCAGCGGGAACCGGGGGGGAGGGCCGGGGAAGGAGGGAGAAGGGGAGGAGGGGGAGAGGAAAAGAAGACAGGAGGGGAGGCGAGGGGGUCGGCGCGCUGGGGAUGGAGGGGGUGCGGAGAAAGUGGAGGUGGAAGUUGUUCGCGAUCUGGAUGCUAGGAAACAGAUGGAGAGAGAGAAGGAGGCGGGGGUUUCGUUAGGAGGAGGAGGAGGAGGAUUGGCGAAGCGAGCAGGGGAUGGGAAUGAAGAGGAAGACGAAGAGAGGAAGGUGUUUGGCAGAUGCAGAGUCUGCAGAGAACAGGGGAAGGGAGCGGGAGGAGGCGGAGGGGGAGGUGAUCGGCAUACUCAGAAGGACGGAGGAGCGGGUCGGAUGAUGAUCAGAGGCAAUGUGAAACGACUUGAGUUGUCGUGUAGUGAAGGAUGUUUUGUUGCUUAUCAUUAUCCGUGCUGGAAGGAGGUGGAAAAGAAAGUGCGAGAAGAAAGACCGGAGUUUAAACUCAGUCCCGGUGCUCGGUGCAUCACUCCAGGCCAGGGUGCAGGUCGUUAUGGAUAUGGUAGAAUUUGUUCUGGUAACUUUGUCUGCGUCCAGGUCAUCUUGUCGGGCUGCAAGUAUGAAGCCAGCCUUGUCAAGCGCCAUUUUGAUGUCCUUGGCCCCGCAGAUGUGGGCGACGCUUGUGGCGAAGCGGCGGGCGACACUUGUGAUGAAGGGGUGGGCGGCAGCGGGCCAGGUGUCAUGGCGCAUCGCACAGGUGCAUCUGCUGCACGUGUUGCACGAAUGCGACAGAUGGUGUUGGAGGAGACCGACAACGUCGUCACAAAGAAUGAGCAGACGUCAAGAAGAGUAGACUGCUGGAUGAUGUGCACGAACCAAACAUUCAACAUGGUUGAGAACGAGUUCUUCAACGACAUGGUGAACGCCAUACGAGAGGCCAACCCAUCAUGGAGACUGCACUCGAGAGAGGCGGUGCGUAAUGGUCGAUUGAACGGACAACACCAGAGGGCGAUCGAGGACGUGGGGAGGUCGGCGAAGAAGUGGGCUCACACAGGCUAUAAGAGGCCGGGCGUCACUCGAUUUGCGACCAACAUCAUCAUGUUGCAGUUGUUGUGGGAUAGGAGAAACACCCUGAAAUUGACUGUGGCUGCCAGCGGGUGGGUCUCCUCCAUAGUGCCGCCCCACUUGCGUUCUCAAUUCGAGGAGGUGACGACGAAUAUCUUGGAUGGCGGCUUUUGGGAGUUUGUGGACAAGGCCUUGAGGACCACGGACCCCAUCGUAACGCUACUGAAGCUCGUCGAUGGUUCGGGCGCAACAAUCGCCAAGGUUUAUCAUCGAAUGGAUGGUGUGGUGGAGUCGAUUCCCGAGCUGGACAUCUUGACAAACUUUGAGAAGGUAGAGGUCGAGUCGAUCCUCAUGGAUCGAUGGGCGUUCAUGACUUCAGAGUUGAACUGUGCAGCAGCCUUCUUGGACCCGGAGUACAGAUCGCAGUGCUCCUUCAAAGACCCCGAGAUCCGAGCCAGGUUCAACAUAUGGUUGUACACCUGGUGCACGAAUGAGAUGUUCGAUGACGUGAGCUGGCAGGUUGACGAGAGGAGGAUGAACCUUAUGCCCACCCGCCUAUCAAAGCUCGUCUACAACAACUGGAACCUCCACCUGCAGUGGAGGCAAGAGCACGACCGUGGUGUGGAUGAUGUCCACAUUCCGUGGGUGGAGGAAAUGCCAGACGCCGAGUUGAAGGACGAGGUAGAGCAAUUUUACAAUGAUUGGGUGAAAUGGGUGAAGAACAGCAUGCCGAGUGGUGGGAAUGACGCGUCGGACAAGGAAGACGAGUCGGAGGACGACGACGAUGGUGAGGAAGUGCCUAUGGCAAGGAGGUGGUUGCGCAAUGACGAGUGCGGUAUAACAAGGAGGACCGGGAGCUUGCGCUGCGGGCUCGAGAGACGGGCAAUUGGGUGGAGGGUCGAAAGGAAGGCGGAAGCAGCAGGCAACGUAAAGUGCGACGCGAUGAUGAGGAUCGUCGUGACGGUAAAUGUGUUGCGGAGGAGGACAUUGCACCUCCGGAGAAACGGAAGAGAGGGCGGCCGACCAACAAAGAGGUCGCAGCAAGAAAAACAGCAAUGCGAGCUGAGAAGAAAAAGACAGCGUUGGAAGCACCGAGAAAAAAGAAAACCGUUGGAAAAAGCAGCAGCAAAAACAAGAAAGAGGGACGACAUUACCGACGAUGACGACAAAGAAGCACGUUCAUCGUCUUCAACUUCAUCAGAGGAAGGGGAUGAUGAAGAUCAUGAUGCCAACUACAGAGUACCGCGGAGUGUAGAGGAGGGAACUAAGCAUGAGGAGGAAGAGGAAGGCGAGGAGGAGGAGGAAGGCAAGGAGGAACAGGAAGGGGAGGAGAAAGAGGAAGGGGUCUUUGUUCUUCGUCCGGACGAAGAGAACAGGUGCACCGUAUGGCGAGCAACUAGGGUGAAUCCAACCCUUGUUGAGAAGAUCAUCGAGUUGUGCGCGAAGCACCUCGAGUUCCUCUUCGCUCAUGCGGUAGAUACAUCCACGCGGAGGGACGGCGCCAACCUCGAGAGUGAUCCCGUGACGUAUGGGCCGAUCCGGAACCGUUCCGGUGGGAGCCUCGAAGGCGUCUCUGUACUCGUGCAAGAGCAAGUGCAUCCUUUGGCAGCCUGUUGGGAGGAAUCUGGCUGUACAUUCAUCACGGACGGGUCAUCCGACCGUCGAGAGCGCCCUGUGAUGAACUUCUUGGCAGCAGGGGAGAAAGGUGCGAUUCUGGUGGCCACAGUAUCAAUGACCGGAAGGAAGAAAACAGCACAGGCGUUGGCCAGGUUGUGGGAGAAGAUUAUGAGGGAGAUAGGGGUGCAUCGCAUCAACGUAAUCUGCACCGACAAUGCCAAGGUGAACAAGAAGGCUGCUCAGAUUCUGCAGCGCCGCAUUGAUAAAGACAUUGCAAGGAUUCCAUGGGUUCCUUGCGCUGUGCAUUGUUGCAGCCUUUUGCUGCGAGAUGUCAGCAAGCUGGACUGGGCGAAGGGCACCGUGAAGAGAGGCCACACAAUUGUGAAGUUUAUCCGGAACCACCACCACAACCUGAUGAUGUCCUACGAUGAUUCCCUGUCAUUGCUUCGGCUCACGAAAGUUUGGUUCGGGUCAAUGUACAUGAUGUUGGAGAGGCUUCAAAAUAGGAGGGCAGUGUUGUCGGAUAUGGUGGAUCGGAAAAAUGCAGCACGGUGGACGGGGAUGCGUUGGUCCACUGCAAAGUUGAAGUCGAAAGUGGACCUGGUGUACUUCAGCUUGAGGAGAGACGGUUGGUGGACGGAGUUGAAGAAGGUGGUUGACGUGAUGGAACCGUUGUACAGCCUUCUGAGGAGGAUGGAUCGGUAUGGAACAGUGCCAACAAACCUCGUUGAGUAUGACGACAUGAUUGAAAGGAAACUUGCUCACGUCGUUCUCACAGAGGAGCAGCUGGCGAGCGUCAUGGACAGAGCCAGAGAUCGUGUGAAGAUGAUGCUGCAACCAAACGCGAUGCUUUACCUGCGGAGACAGGCUGGGGGUGAAUGGAAAGGGCCAGACCACCUUGAGGUUUUGAGUGACCUGCACGAGUUCCACAAGGAGCCCACGCCGAACGGGCCCAAGAGAAAGGACACGAAGAUGUGGGAGCCCGAUGCCAAGGCUGAUUGCGAGAAGCUGACACCGACCGAGUGGUGGGAAACUUACGGCGGCGAUGUCCCCGUCUUGCAGGCCAUUGCCAUCAAAGUGCUAGGCAUGUGCUAUUCCCAUGACGGAUCUAUCUUGAGGGGCCCCGAGGAGGAAGCUGAGAAGACGGACGAGGAGCUGGUGCGGCAAAGUAGCUUCGUGAAGACACCAAAGGGAAGGAUUCCAAAGAAGCUGGAGGACGAAGAGGACAAGUGCACAGAUGACAGUGACUUGGAUGAUGAGCUGUGGAAGGGGAAGUGUGGAUUGUCGGAUGAGUCUAGCGGCGCAGAGGAGGAGGAGGAUGAAAGUGAUUCCGAUUUUGAGCUGAGAGCUUGGUCCCGGGCACAGUAUGUUGGCAGGAGAGCAGCUGCACGGCGUCGGAGAGAGGAGCAGCCCACGGCUUCUACACAGGCCAGGGGGGGAAGCUCAUCUCAAUACCAUCCUCAGUCUGACGUCGAGUUCCAUCACUUGGACACGGACGUCGAGUUGCUGCUGCACAGUGCCCCGGUUGAUGAAGACGAGGCGGAGGCCGACUGUGUGAAGGCAUUAGCAGAUCCUAUCCCAACUUGGAGGGAGAUUGAGAGACGCAAGAAGAAGGUUGGGGAAAACAAACUGGAGACGCGUCGGCCAUUGGACGUUGUACAAGAGGGAGAAGAGGGUAAGCAACAGCGAAGUGAAGCGGUUGUGAAGGUGGUGGAAGUCGCACUCCAAGAAGAGGGGAACGAGAAGGUGCAGCCAAAAAAGGCAGAGGAGGCCGACCAGCAAGAGGCGGAGCACCAUAAAGAGGCGGAGGAGAAGGACCAGCAAGAAAACAAGGACGCCAUGGAGCAGCAAAAAGAGGCGGAGAUUGAGCACGAAGAAGAGGACAAGGAGAUGGGGCAUCACGAGGACGACGAGGGGAUGGAGAGUCAAGGAGAGGAGGCCGUGGAACAGCAAGAAGAGGCGGAGGGCAUGGAUCAGCAGGACAUGCAGCACAACGUGUAUGAGAAGGACGGCGAAGAGGAGCACCUGCCUGCAGUGAAGACUGUGAACACGCGUAGGCAAAGACCGGUUGUGUCCGCACAGUCUGUCGAGAACAUACCCGACUUCCCUCCCAGCAAUGACGCUCGGGCGGAGGAGGUGGGCAGAGGCGGACAGGUGGUCAGCGGAGGCGGAGGGGAGGUUGGCGCGCAGAGCGGGAUGUGCAGCGGGAUGUUGGGAGGAGGCAGACGUGAUAUGGGCGGAGGGCAAGGGGAGAUGGAGAUCCCAAUGGCGGAAGGGAGGGUUGGCGUGCACAGCGGGAUGUGCAGUGGGAUGGCGGGAGGAGGCGAACGCGAGGUGGGGAGGUGGGCAGAGGCGGACAGGAGGUCAGUGGAGGCCGAGGGGAGGUUGGCGCGCACAGCGGGAUGUGCAGCGGGAUGUUGGGAGGAGGCGGACACGAGGUGGGCGAAGGGCAAAGGGAGAUGGGAGAUCCCAAUGGCGGAAGGGAGGGUUGGCGCACACAGCGGGAUGCGCAGCGGGAUGGUGGGAGGAGGCGGAUGCGAGGUGGGGGGAAGGCAAGGGGAGAUAGGAGAUCCCAAUGGCAGAAGGGAGGCACAGGAAUGGAGCCCAGAGCGGAGAGGGAUGGCGGAUGUGUGGGCAGCGGAACGGAAGCGGAUAGGAGAUGGCGGGAGGCGUACGGGAGGUGGCAGAGGUGGAGAGGAGAUGGCUGGAGGAGGCGGAAGGGAGGUGGCGGAGGUGGAGAGGACAUGGCGGGAGGAGGUGGUCAGGAGGCGGACGGGAGGUUGCAGAGGCGGAGGGGAGAUGGUGGGAAGAGAGAACCGGAGGAGGCGGAUGGGAGGUGGCAGCGACGGAGGAGAGGAGAUGGCGGGGGGAGGCCGACGGAGGUGGGAGGAGACGGAGGGGAGGUGGUCCCAGGUCAUCAAGCUGUAUAUAGAAGAGGUGGUGAAGAGAUCCAAAGACACAGGAGCGCGGCUGGCACGGAAAAAAACGAAAAAGGAGAGAAGAACAAGAAAUUUGUAUAGCAAGAUCGAAGAUGGUUCUGCCACGGGUGCUCGCAGUGGAGAUAAAGUUGAGAAGGAUGUAUGGAGAGAAAGGGAAGCUGACAAGGCUGGGCAGGGUAAGGAUUCCUCGGAAAAGGAGGCGAAGAGGGACAAGGAGAUGCAUAAGGCCACUGCAACUGUGGGCAAAAAGAAGGGUGAUGGAGAGGAGAGGGCUGCAAGUGCAAUCACUGAGCAGAGGAACGGGCAAUCAACGAUUGCACAUGAGGAGAGGGUUGAUGUAGAUCGUCCUCUGCAAGUGCUUAAGAGAGAUGAAGAAGAGCUGUUUGUUCCAUCCAAGGAGAAAAACCGCACCAAGGGAAGGCACAAGGUGUGGCCAGCAACUCGAAUGACCGGUUCUUGUUUUGAAGUAUAUCUUCCGUAUGGUGUGGCUAUGCCGGAGGGCAGCAAAAUUCCCAACCCAGUGAACCCAGGUUAAAUCGGAAUGCAUUGGCUCAGUUACAAGGCACACAGGGAUGUGGUCAGCUGCAGCUUAACCAC